AUGGGUCUUCCAGUAUGGCGCAACCCUGAAGAAACACGCAGCAGCGACAAUAGUCCAGCCGCCGUCUCUCGAGUUAAGAACGACAGUACCGCCGCCUCUCGCUCUCCAAUCCGUCGUCUCCGUGCGUCCCGUCCACCCAACUUCUACCGAGUCGGCCAGCCACCAGCUGUACCCGAAGCACCUCGUCGUGUACCUUCCAGUGACCGUAGUUUCGACCUGGCACAAUACCUCGGUGACGACGAUGUCUCACAAGAACAACGUCCUGACCCGAAUCGACGACGCUCAAGAACAGAUACCUUUCUGCCUCCACCUCUCGAACGCGAUCGUCCACAAUCGCGCAAUGGUGCCUCUUCGAGUCUUCCUUCUCCUCCGCUGGACAUGUCAGAUCCCACCGCGUCGUCUCGCAUCGUCCUACUGCGCCCUUCACAAUCCUCACCACACCCUCUGAGCUUCACUCACAGACCAGUCUCUUCCGAUGACGGUCUGGGCGAUCGUAACCGUAGCCCUUCUCCGGUUGCCUGGAACGUCAUCGGCUCUACCAUCACUCCCGAUGAUUCGCUACCGUCUGCUGACUCCAGCUUUGCCUCGAACGGAGCUUCGGCUUCGUUUGCACACACAGAUGGCCCUGCGGAUGGUCCAGCUGACGCGCUGGCCGAGGACUCCAGCUCUUCUACCAUCAACGAAUCCCAAAGUUAUGAUCGCCGUACCGUUGAAGCCUUGUUGUACGACUUCGCCAUGCAAACCGCCGAAGGUCGAGCACAGAUUCAGCUUCUCGGCCGCAUGUCACCAGGGGAUGCGCGUUGGGUGCGCCACCACAGCAAUACCAGUCAAGAGGACGAUGACAACGAGGACGAUGAUGGGGACAACGACAGAGAUGAAGCUCCUCCCCAACGCCCCUCACAAUACGACUCGGACAUACGCGAACGCUCUCGUCAGGCCGCUGCUUCAACCAUGCACUAUUUUGGGAACACACACAACGAACGUCCCACCAGGCGGCACGUCGGGCGGGUUGUCGGACAUGUGUUCCCGAACUCGACCACUCGCUCGAGUUUGCUUACCAACUGGGCUGCAAGACGCUCCGAGGCAUCUCUAGCGCGCAGUGCUCGUGAGGCUGAGGAUCGUUCCCGUGAUGAGAGGUUGUAG